CAGACGAUAACUGCGACGGCAGAUCACUCGGUUCAUCGGAGGUCUAGCAGCUGGAUCCGGGAAGCAGCGUUAGACAUGGCGACAGGCCUGCCCAGUGUUGUUGUGUUGGCGUUAUGUGUGAUUCUGGCCCCUUCUUGCUCCGCCUGGGACAAGGACUGUCAGGCAUACAAUUACCAACCCUUCCAAAAAUGCAGACCAGGAUUUUGCUGUGGAACCUGCACACACAGAUUCUGCUGUACUAAUUCUUUUGACAAGCUGACUGAGCUUACACAAGAUAACUGUGAAAUCUUUAACGAUAUUUCCUCACCAAUACCCAUGGUGCUUGGGAUUGGGGGCUUCGUCACCAUUUUGCUCAUCUUCAUCUGCUGCUGUGUGUGUCCCUGCUGCUGCCUGUACAAGAUGUGCCGCAAGCCAAGACCUGUGAUAGCUACCACCACACACACCACUGUGGUUAACACCGCUCCUCAGCAGUACCCCCAGCAGCCAACCUCAGCCGGACAGCCUCAGACCUACCAGGGGGGCCAGUACCAACCCUACAACCACGUCCCAGUGCAGCCCGGUUAUGGUGCCCAGCCUGUGCCCCAAGGCUAUGGAGCACAGCCGGGGCCCCAGGGUUACGGAGCACAGCCCGGGCCCCAGGGUUACGGAGCACAGCCGGGGCCCCAGGGUUACGGAGCACAGCCCGGGCCCCAGGGUUACGGAGCUCCAACCAUGCCAACACCACCCUACCAAGGACAACCGUUCACAGCCGUACCACCACCAUCAUACUUGGAAGCCGUUGGUCCCAGCUACCCUCCCAACCCGAUGCCUUACAGCCAGGCUGCAUUCUCCCCCGGCCAGCCGCCGUACCCUCUGCAGCCCCCCGUCCAGCCGCAGCCCACCGCUCCUCUCCCAAACAAGGACUUCCUCGCCCAGCCCGCCUACAACCCGGAUUUCAAUGGAUAGUGGGCUCCAGUCAUACUCUCUCAGCCACUUAAAACGUGCUGCAGCAUUUUUCAAACAUGGCAGACCUGGAAAUGUGCAAUCUAAAUGGGAUAAAAAGAUUGUUUUGUCUGUGUGUUUUGAUUAUAAAAUAUGUUAUGACACAUUUGUAGUUGUUCUGUAAAAAGGUUGCCAAGUGAAAAUGUUGAUGUUAUUAGCUCCUGUUGCAUGGAUUUACAAUAUACAAGUGGCAAAAUUGUUGUUUUAAAAAGAAGAAGAAGUUAUUAGUGACUCAAUCUUGGUCAUUUUUAGUAAAUUACAAAUAAAACCACUAAGUCUCUAUCCUGGCCCGACCCCACAGAACCUACCUGACCUCUUCAACCACCAUCCACAGUGAUGGGGGUCACAGCCAUUAUCUCAUUGCUUUCUUACCUUUAUUUUAGGCACAAGUCCUUUGAACUUUUUUUCAUUUACUUUAUGAUGCUUUAAUGUGUUAUUUGGGAACAAAUCAGGUCCAACGUGUCACACUUGUCACUAGAGGUGUCCUUGUGGAAAGUAUAUCUGUCAUUGUUAAUGGGGUAACAGGGCUUUUUAACCCUGCAGCAAAAGGGAAUGCUCAAGUUGAUUAAACAAAAAAAGCCUUACUUAUGUUUUCAGUUGCAAAGGAGACAUCACAUCAAAUUGUUCUUUAAUUUUUUUACUCAGGUUGUUUAUCUUACAAUAUGUUUUACUGAAUUCAACUGCAUCGGCAGCUUUGAAUUAAAUAACCAAAUGAGCUCUGUCCCCUUUUUUAAUUUUCUAAACAUCAACAGAAAUACAAAUGUUAUGCUUACAAAAUGCAGGAAAGAAAACCGUGCCUUCUUAGCCACAUUAUGUUUGUAUCACACUUGGUGUGCAUGUCAUUUACAACUGUUUCAAAUACUAUGUUUGAGUAAUUCAUGUUUGUUUGUCACAUUGUUUUUGCCACAUGCAACUUUUCAACUUUCUUAACUGAACUGUGUAUUUUAUGCAUCUUUUAAAGGUCAUACUUUUUUUAUUCAGUAUUGUGUUACUUGCCUUGUCUUUUCAAAGACUGCACCAGCAUAGAAGUAAGGGAUAAAUUAGUAGUCUUUUGUUUUAUACAAAAACAAAUAUGCCUAUCUUGCUUAACUUCUGCUUUCUGAAAUGACUUGAAAUGACGUUUUUUCUUGUGACCCAGCUGAACCUGGAGAAGUACAGUCACAGCUCAUGUGAUGAGAGCAUUUGGUCUUUUGAGCCACCGUGACUUUUCUACUUCCUCUCUUUAGACUUUAGUCGUGGUCAAAGAACUAGUACCAAUAGUCAAAUUCAAUGUUUCAUUAUAAGUGAGUGUCACAGGUACAGGUAUCAGAACGACCAUCAGUCACAUCUAUGCUGUGGCUGUUUUGGUUUUACAAACUUACAUAUGAGACAUGCCAGUUAAUUAUUGGUGCCUAAUGUCCUUGUAUAUGUUUGCUAUUUGCAAAACAGUUAGUCCAUGAAGAAUGAGCAUGUGUUACUUACAUUGAUCACACAUUUGUCUGUGUAUUACAUUGUGGGCUUGCCUUUUGUGUGAAAUCUUCCUUUAUAAAUGUGUCCUGCCUGUGAUUUCAGUCAUUUGCCUAGUGUUGAUUCUUUAAGAGUACUUUAAUAGGGUUGUUUGUAUUUGUAUGUGGACUAUAUCCUUAGUGUUCAUAAUGAAAGACAAACCAGCAGAGAUGUACACUGAUUCCAUCUGUUUUUCCCCUUGCAAGAAUAAUUGUCAUUGAUACUACUCUGACAUUAUGUGUACAUUACUUGUAUGUGGUCUAAAACCCACCAUUCCUGCAGAAAUAAAUAAAAAAUAUAUUUUUUUCGUUUUA